AUGGAGUUGCAGACCCACUCGAAUGUCUUGAUGUGCAAGAUUUUUUCCACCAUCUUAAUAGGAUCGGCCAGUGCCUGGUUUAAUAGCUUAGAGGCAGGAAGCAUUAAGAGCUUCAUAGAUCUGGCUAGUGUAUUUAUUAGCAAAUUCAUCGUCAGAGUUCCCACAGAAAGAAAGACGAGCUACUUAGAGACCAUUCAGCAGAGGAAGAAUGAAUCCCUGAAGAAGUAUGUAGCCAAGUUCAACUCUAAGGCUUUACAGAUAUCCGAGAUGGAUGAAGGGAGAGCAGUAGAAGCCAUACAAAAGGGCACAACCUGUCCGGAGUUCUUUGGGUCGCUAUGCAGAAAGCUCUCCACUUCCUUGUCAGAGAUAAUGAAGAGGACCGAGAAAUAUAUAAGGCAGGAUGACGCCUUAACCACCAGCCGAUUUGCUAUGAACAAUAGAGACAGAGGAGGGGUUGAGGAGGACAAGAAACAAGACAGGCCGAAGAGGAGAGAGGAUCGGGGAUUGGAGGCAUUGAAUAAGCACCGGUGGGAGAGAAAGGAGCAGAGACCUUAUCAACCCGGGCUCCCCGCUGAGAUUACACUCUUGAAGGUGUCCAAAGCCGAAGUGAUCGUGGCAGUCCAGGAUAAAGAUUUCAUACAAUGGUCCAAGUCUAUGAAAGCAGAAGCGAACAGAAGGGAUUCAGAUAAGUAUUGCCAAUAUUACGAAACUCAUGGCCAUGAUACAAAUGAUUGCUACCAGUUAAUAAACGAGAUAGAAAGGCUAAUCAAGAGAGAAUUUCGUAAAGAAGCUACAGGGACAGAGGCGGCAAUAAAAUACAGCUGGAGAAAGGCUCAGAAGACAGAUUGGAGCGCCAAUAAAUGA